AUGGGCCCUGCGUGCCAGGUGUGCGGUAACCUGAAGGGUGUCUUCCGGUACUACGGCGCCGAGGUGUGCGGCCCAUGCAAGAUCUUCUUCCUGCGCGCCGUCAAAAAUGGCGACAACUACGCUUGCACGAAGGGCGGGGAUUGCGAGAUUAAAUCGGAGCUCUGGACAAAGGUCUGCCGGGCAUGUCGGUUUCGGAGGUGCGUCGAGGCAAAUAUGGACGCAACUAUGGUCGGAAACAGCCGGACCCGGAAAAAGAAAAUCCCUCCUGCCGAACCCACAGAGCAACUUUCACCUUGUAAAGUAGUGGAACUUAAGAAUCCAUAUUUGGAAGUCCAAGAUCUCUCCAUGGAAGUCGACCUUUCUCCUCCAGCUUCUCCCGGACUCCCGGAUUUAGCGACAGUUCCCUCGACCUCAACCACAGUAAUUUCCACUCGAGAGGUUUCCACAAAGACGGUGGCUCUGAAACACGGCAGAAGAAAGCGAGGAAGGCCAUCUGUCGCUGACCUUUUCAUAGCCUCCUUGAACUUGUCGCUGGACUCUGUCUUCCUCGCCUCCGCCGUUGGCGACGUCUACAAAACUUUCCUAAAAACCGACGACCACAUUCUUAUCGUCUCCAAGCUGGUCGAGCUGGAGAACAAGUGCUAUGCCGAGGACAGCUACUUUGGGUUGGACGAGUUGAGCGCGAACUUGGAUAUAUCGUUGGAAACGGCGUUUCACGACCCCGGCAAAUUGUGCAACAGGACGCCGCUUGCAUGGGGGCUCGUUCGGAAUCGUCUCCCGUCGAUGCUAGACAUGAUCAAGCGGUUGUACGGCCGGAUGGCGCUGUUAUACAUCGACUGGCUGCGUUCGAUACCAGAACUGGAAAAUAUUGACGGCGACGACAAGAUGCGCCUCAUCAGCUAUCAACUCGCGAAGGUAUCGCUGAUCACCAUGUUCUAUCAUAGCUACAAAACGGGCAGUUCGGGCAUGGCCUGGUCGGGCGGAUAUCAUUAUGCACCCAGCGAAAACAUGACUGGGGUCGGACAUGAAAUUGACGUCUUCAUGAAUCGAUUGGUGGCCUAUGGACAGGAGCAUAUUAUUUCUGCCUUCCGGGAAACUGACAUCACGAUCGAGGAGUACUGUCUUCUAAAAAUGAUCGCGUUUUGGAGUGGACGAAUUUCCCUGAGCGACAGCGCCGAAGCCGUAAUCAAACGUACAAAACGGAAAUACGAGGAGCUCUUCGUCCGGCACAUUAACGACAAGCACGAGGACUGGCCGAUCGAAAAACGGGCAGCAAGAGUCGAUCGGUUGAUCUCAUUGCAGUCGUGUUUUCAGAACAUGAGCGACUUCGACAACACGUAUAUCCAACGAAUGGUACUGCUCGAUCUCGCCGGUUUCCGCUCAACCCUCACCUACGAGGUUCACGUCCGAGAU